CCUAGUUUGGCUAAAACUCUUCAAAGUAAAUAUUAUUCAUGAAGACCCAGAAAAAAUCUUGGAGCACAAACAAAUUCAAAACACAAAACUCAAUCGAUUUCUAGGGUUUUGUUUUGUUUCGUUUCGUUUGAUAUUGGUUUUCAUGUCACUAUCAUAUAGGUCCACUUCAACUCUGCCAAACAGGUGACUCACCGUGUCAAAUCUUCAUUUGAAUGCUCGUCUGACUAAUUUUCAGGUAUUGUAAUCAUCCUCCCAUUUGCCCAACAAUCGAUAUCGAUCGGUACCCAGUUGCAUAGAUUUCAAGAUUUUAGAUAAACUUAUUAGUGUAUAGAUAGAAAAGAUAUAUUUAUUGAUACUGUUAUUGAUUUAUAUAAAGCACAACAAUAUCUGUAUAUUUUGUGAUGCAAUUAUCACCGGCGUCUGUUUCGAAGAGAAGGGAUAGUAAUCUGUCUGGGCCUCGGCUUCGUAAGAAGCACAAGAGGCUGGACGCAAUAUGUGAAAAGGAGUAUAAUAGGAAUCAUAUUGAAUCAAAUGAAGGUGAUGAUGAAGAGGAGGCGCCUGGAACGUCCGUGCUCAAUUUGGAGCCUCGUAGAAGCUCUCGGGUGAGACGGGCUCCAGUAUUGCUUGAUUUGUCACCCCCACCUGUUAAAAAGAGGCGUAGAGUUGAUAGAAAUGUUAGUCCAAGUGUUAAUAAGAGGUUAGAUAGUAGUUUAAGGAGGGGUAAAGAGGAGACUGAGAAAUUGGUGAUACCAGGGGUUUGGGGGACAAGGUUGAGGUCAAGAGGGAAGAAUGUGAGGUUUGGAAUGAGGAAUAAGGAGAGUGGUGAGCUGAGUGGCCAAAGGGAACACUUUGGGGAAAUGGCUGAGGAGGCUGUGGUGAGUGGAGUGAGUAUGCAUAAAGAACUGGAAAAUGAGGACUUGUUGAUGGUAUAUAAGAGGAGAGGCAACUUGGGGGAGAGUAAUUUACGGGAUGAAGUCGAAAUGAGUGAGAAGGAAGAGGAAAAGAGUGAAAAGGAAGAAGAAAUGCCUGAGAAGGAAACAGAGACAGAGACAGAGACAAGCGGGAUGAAAGAGGAGAGUGGAAGGGAUGAGGAAGUGGAAGUGGUGAGCAACAAGGGUGAGGAGAGUAUGCCAGCUUCGGAGAGUGGAAUGGUUGGUGAAGAUGAGAUGGAAAGAGUGGAGGGUAAUGCUGAAGAAGUUUUUGAGAAAGAGGAGAGGGAAGUAUUGAGUGACAAGGAAUUAAAAGAGGAUUGCAUUCAUGUUGAACAAGAGGAUGUAGUGGAAGCAAUGAGGCAGAGUAAUAAGGAAGGGAAGCAUAUGGAUGGUGGAGAAGAAGGAGAAGAUCAACAAGAUGCUGGAGAAGAUGUUGGAAAUAUAAAAAAUGACGUGGAAGAUGGAAGGAGUGAUGAUCAAAAGGAUGGCUGUCCUGUGAGUCUUGAGGAAAAGCCUUCUGAAGGUGUGAAUGCAGCAAUGGUGGAUAAGAUCAACUGUGGUUCAAACGUUACACUUGGCAGGCCACGCAUUAAACAGGGGAGACGGUGUGGUUUAUGUGGUUGUGGGAAUGAUGGUAAGCCUCCAAAGAGGUUGAUACAAGAUGUGGGUGAGAGUGAAAAUGAGGCCUACAGUGGGUCUUCAGCUUCAGAGGAGCCUAACUAUGAUUUAUGGGAUGGAUUUGGUGAUGAACCUGGGUGGCUUGGCCGUCUCUUGGGCCCUAUAAAUGAUCGUUAUGGUAUUGCUGGAAUCUGGGUUCAUCAACACUGUGCUGUUUGGAGUCCAGAGGUCUAUUUUGCUGGUCUGGGAUGCUUAAAAAAUGUAAGGGCUGCUCUCUGCAGGGGAAGAGCCCUAAAAUGCACCCGCUGUGGGAGGCCUGGUGCAACUAUUGGAUGUCGUGUUGAUCGGUGUCCAAAAACUUACCACUUGCCCUGUGCACGAGCUAAUGGUUGCAUCUUUGAUCAUCGGAAAUUUCUCAUAGCCUGUACAGAUCAUCGGCAUCUCUUUCAACCUCAUGGUAAUAAAUAUUUAGCCAGGAUAAAAAAAUUGAAAGCUAGAAAAAUGAAGUUGGAAAUAAGGAAGUUGUCAAAUGAUGCCUGGCGAAAAGAUGUUGAAGCGGAAGAAAAAUGGUUGGAGAACUGUGGCGAGGAUGAAGAGUUCUUAAAGCGUGAGAGCAAGAGACUCCAUCGAGAUUUGUUAAGAAUUGCACCUGUCUAUAUUGGUGGUCCAGACUCUGACGGUGGAAAACUAUAUGAGGGUUGGGAAUCUGUUGCUGGGCUUCAAGAUGUCAUUCGUUGUAUGAAGGAAGUUGUCAUUUUGCCUCUGUUAUAUCCUGAGUUCUUUGAUAAUCUGGGGCUUACUCCUCCUAGAGGCAUUCUUUUGCAUGGUUACCCUGGAACAGGUAAAACCCUGGUGGUACGGGCAUUGAUUGGCUCAUGUGCUCGUGGUGAUAAACGGAUAGCAUAUUUUGCCCGGAAGGGUGCAGAUUGCUUAGGAAAAUAUGUUGGUGAUGCUGAGCGUCAGCUAAGACUUUUGUUUCAAGUUGCUGAGAAAUGUCAGCCUUCUAUAAUAUUCUUUGAUGAAAUAGAUGGAUUGGCACCUCAGCGAACAAGGCAGCAGGAUCAGACUCAUAGUUCGGUUGUGUCCACAUUGCUUGCUUUAAUGGAUGGUUUAAAAUCUCGAGGUUCAGUGGUGGUGAUAGGUGCAACAAAUCGUCCUGAAGCUAUUGAUCCAGCAUUAAGGAGGCCUGGUAGAUUUGAUAGGGAGAUUUAUUUUCCGCUGCCAUCAAUGAAGGACCGUGCUGCUAUUCUUGCACUUCACACACAAAGGUGGCCUAAACCAAUCGCUGGAUCAUUGCUUAAGUGGAUUGCCAGUAGAACUACUGGCUUUGCUGGUGCAGAUUUGCAGGCUCUUUGUACUCAAGCAGCUAUUGUUGCUUUGAAAAGGAAUUUCCCUCUCCAAGAAAUAUUGUCUGCUGCCGCAGAUAAAGGUUCUGGUGCUAAACGUGUUCCUCUUCCUUCCUUUGCUGUGGAGGAGAGGGAUUGGUUGGAAGCUUUGUCAUGUUCCCCGCCACCAUGCUCACGUAGAGAAGCAGGAAUUGCUGCUUAUGAUUUAGUAUCCUCUCCUCUUUCCACCCACCUAAUUCCUUGUCUGUUGCAACCAUUAUCCACCUUGCUUGUUUCACUUUAUCUAGAUGAGCGGCUGUGGCUGCCUUCUCCUCUUACUAAAGCUGCAACAAUGGUUAAAAGUUCGAUUGUUUCAGCUUUGGAUAAGAAAAAUAUUCCAAGUGAUCAUUGGUGGUCGUUUGUUGAUGAUUUUCUUCAAGAAGCAGAUGUAGCAAAGGAUGUAGAGAGAAGUCUCUCACAGGCCGGUGUUGUAACUGGAGAGGUUACAUUUGCUGGUUUUGAUGCUUGUGCUGGUGAUACAAGCGAUGGCGAUGCUAAUUACGAACCUGCUAUAAUGCAUGGUUGCGGUAAGCACACAAGUUUUUUUAGAAAUAUAUCUUUUGCGUCAAAGAAGAAAUCUGGAUUUCGGAUCUUGAUCUCUGGAAGUCCAAGAUCUGGCCAGAGGCACCUUGCUGCUUGUCUUCUUCAUUGUUUUGUUGGAAAUGUGGAAAUUCAGAAGGUUGAUUUGGCUACAAUUUGUCAAGAAGGACAUGAUGAUUUGGUGCAGGGUUUAACACGGCUAUUAAUGAAAUGUUCUAGUGUGGGGUCAUGCUUAGUAUUCAUGCCCAGAAUUGAUUUGUGGGCUAUAGAGACGCUUCAGCAAGUAAAUGGGAUUGAUUCUUCUUUGACAAACAGUCCACCUUCUUCGAGCAAUGAAUCUACUUUAGCGGAGAGCAUGGAUUUUCAGGGUCCCUCUCAUGCCUGGAGCUCAUUUGUUGAGCAGGUGGAAUCUUUAAGUGUGACUACGACUGUGAUGAUUCUGGCUACUUCAGAAAUUCCAUGUACUUCACUCCCACCAAGAGUGAGGCAGUUUUUUGGGAGUCAUUCAUCAAAUCAUAAUCUUCCAAUUCCCUUGGAGCACUCAGUACGCGGGUUUUCUGUAGAGCUUGGUGAGAAUUUCAAAUCUGAUACUGUUAUCAAUCUAUCUGCAACAGAGUUAUCAAGGGAUAUAAUUCAACUGGUUGUUCAGUUGGUUCAUCAAAGAACUCAUACCCAUAUAAAUUAUUGCAAAGAGCACAAAACUCAUGGUUUCACAGAAGUCUGUACAGAUACAGAACUUCACAGUACAGAUCAUGGUUUAGCCAAUGAACACAAGGAUAGAACAGAAUUUCCUGACAAUUCUUCUGUAAAAGUGCCACCACCCAACAAUAAAAUUUUGAAGGGAAGGUCAAGCUUGCUGGUAGCUAUAUCUACUUUUGGCUAUCAAAUUCUGCGGUAUCCUCAUUUUGCUGAGCUUUGUUGGUUCACAUCAAAGUUAAAAGAUGGUCCUUGUGCAGACAUAAAUGGACCUUGGAAGGGAUGGCCAUUCAAUUCCUGUAUUAUUCGUCCUAAUGAUUCAGUGGAAACAGUCACUGUUGCUUCUGGCUCCAGCAAUAUCAAUAGGAAAGAUAAUUCUGGUUUGGUAAGGGGCCUCAUGGCUGUUGGUUUAAUGGCAUAUAGAGGAGUGUAUGCAUCACUUACAGAAGUUUGCUCAGAUGUGCGGAGGGUUCUUGAACUCAUAGUUGGAGAGAUUAAUGCAAAAGUUCAAGCUGGGAAAGAUAGGUAUCGAUAUGUUCGUCUUUUAUCACAAGUGGCUUAUCUGGAAGAUGUGGUUAAUAGCUGGGCAUAUUCCUUGCAGAGUUUAGAAUCGGAUGCUCAGAUAAAAGUGGCAAACCCUAGGCUUGAAAUUGGGGGUUGUCCAGAUAAAAGUCACGCCCGUGUGGAUAAUUCUAUUCAAAGUGACGAAUGUAAGCUAAAUGUUUCUAAUAAAAGCUCGCAUGAACCAGAAGUCACUGAAGUUAGGUCUCUGGGGUUUGAGGUUGAACACAUUGAUUCUCUUAGCUUGAACAAUGGACAUAAUGAUUCUACACAUCCUGAUCCUGCUGGCAGCACUGGGAUUUUGGAACAGGGUUCUGCAGAGCAUAUUGUUCUUCCUGAUACUUCCUUGAAUACAAAUCUUCAUGAUUCUGUUGUUGAUCAGUCAGUUGAUAAAAUGUUAAAUGAACAGAAUGGAAGUAAACUUGGACCAUGUGAGUCAGAAGGAACUUUGAAUCAUGCAGUUAUUGAUAUGGAUUCUGAGUCUUUGAGACAUUCCAAUGGAUUUGCUUUCAAAGAACCCGUUAUCCUUUCAGAGAAUGGUCCCAACUGUUCUGGUGAGUUGGGUGUUACCAAUUUAUCUUAUUCCCAGAAACCUAGUGAUCAGGUUAGUGGCUUGUCUGAGACAGAGAUCAAAACCACAUCUGAUGAUGGUAAGCCUGGUACUAGUGAACAUACCAUCAGCGUCGACUUAUGUUCCAGUGAAACACCCAGUCUCGCUGAGCACUCUGGGAUCAUGUGUUCAUAUCAUGUUUGCUUUGAAUGCCUACACGCACUACAUGAUUUGAUGCAGAAAAUUCUUAUUCAUACAUUGGGAUCGAAUGGGAGCAAAUGGACUGUAGAGGAUGUUCAUGAUGUUGUUGCAUCAUUAUCUGUGGAUCUUCUUUCAUUAGUUAGAAAAGUUACCGCCAGUAGUGAUAACGCUCUCUAUGACAACCUGAGACAAGGAAAUCCUGAAAAUUUUUCGGAAUAUCCAGCACUGAAUAGAUGUCAUUGUGAGAGUUCAGAAAAUAAUUUAGUUGCAGCAAUGGAAUGCAGUUGUCACUCUGGAGGUGGAAGUAUAACUGAAGCAAAUACCCAACACAGGUUUGAUCCAAAAUUUGUAUUCAGAGAAGGUGUCCUGGUUCCUUCAGAUUCUAACCCAGAUGUUUCUUUUCACUGCACAUUUGAGAAAUUGUGCCUUUGUUCACUUAUGAAGUCGAUAGUAACGAUGAGGCAGCUGGGGGAUUGAUUUUGUUAGUUUUCCGAGAUUUUUUCUGGAAGUUUUGACCCUUUCUGGAAAGGCACUAACCUGCACUAUGUAAGUAUCUUUUUGAGGUUAUUGCUUUAUAGAUGGAGAAUUGUUUAAUGUUCUUGUUACCUCUGUAUAUAAGGAUCAUAUUAUCAAUCUCUAUUUCAAAUGGCUGAAAUGCUUAUAUUA